AUGACGGCCGCCGGCGCCCGCCAGCGCGUGGCCGCGCCCUCCGCGGUGCUCGUCCUGCGCCGCAUGUCCAACACGCUGGUCAAGCUCGCGGCCGCCGCCUAUAUCCUGGCAUGGGCCCUUUCAUUCACGAGCAAUCGGCCGCUGUGGAACCUGCCCGUGGCGGUCCUGGCCGUGGUGGCCUUCAGGUGGAUGUCCGGGCGCGUGGUGGUCGCGCCCCGGGAUGGCGCCGCCGCCCUGCGGCGCGUGCCGCGGCGGUACGCGGGCGGCUCGUCAUGGCAGGGCCCGCGGCCGGCGAUCGGGCCCGAGGAGGGGCGCGACAGGGACGCCUGGCGGCGGGGCGUGAACGCGCCGAUCGUGGAAAGCGCCUGGGACGCGCUGUGCGGGAGCGUCGUCCAAGAGUUCGUGUACGAUUCCUGGUACAUGUCCCUCACGCCGGACCGCGACUUCCCCGCGGAGGUGCGGCGGCUGCUGAACGAGGCCUUCGCGGACGUGGCGCAGAGGGCCAGGAAGAUAGACCUCAGGACGGUGCUGCUCAGGGAGCUAUGUGAUCUGUUUCUGGAUCACCUGGAUCUCUAUCGACGCACAAAGCAGGGCGUUGGGCUUUUGAACGAAGGCCACCUGACACCAGCAGCCAGAGAUAGGGCCUUCCAGCAAGAGAUGAAAACUGAAGGCACCCUGCACCCCAGCAUGUGCUCCAGAGAUGGACACUACAGGGUGAUCAGGUGCAUUGCAGAGAGCAUAGUGUCAUGCUCUGUGUCAAAGUGUGACCUUGCCCGUCCAUAUGUAAAGGCAUUGUCACGGGAGCUCGUUGCAACAUGCGUGCUGCGGCCUGUUCUUAUGUACUUCAACCGAUACAAUGCAUCUAGGUUAGUACUAUCCAUGUUUCCUGAAGAACUGGAGCAGAUCCAGGCCAAAAUAGCAAAGAGAAUGGAGGAGCUGGUCGGAAAGAAGGAGCUUAUGAAUGGACAUUUUGAAUUUGAGGAGCGUGCGCGGAGAGCUGCAGAGCUUGAAGCGAAAGCUCACAAGAAAUAUAAGUACAGGCAAAGCAGGACUCCAAACCACCAACACAAGGAGGCCAGCUCUGCUGAAGAGCUGCCUGCUGAGGGGUCCAGUGUGGCAGGCAAGUCCAGGGGCGUCGAUGACCCCUGCGAAGACGAAGGCACCCUUGGGGGGGAGGAGUCAUCAAACAGGGAUGACAAUGCCUCUGAGGCCAGCUCAGCACUCACUGAGCAGCGCUCUGUGGUGUCUGACCCUCUCAGCACCGCAUCUGCCCCCUCUCCAAGUCGUUGUCCGACCUGCUGCCGGGCUCCGGAAAUUGCAUCGCCAGAUGCAGUUGGCAUGGAUGGGAUGCCAGGAUUGGCCACCGUUGGAUCCAGUUUGGAUGCUUCAUCACCUGGCUUGCAGUCAGCUAAUUUUGAGGCACAGGGAGAGGCGUACUCCUCGAUCGUCGGGUGGCCAAGGGCACGAGUGGUGGCACCAGAAAUUAAGAUGGAUGGAUCCAAAGAAUUUGUGGUGUUCAAAAUUAGGGUGGCAGAUGAUGAGGGAGAAUGGACUGUUGCAAGGAGAUAUCGAAACUUUGAGUCCCUUCACAAGAAACUUCGAGACAUCCCUGAGUACAGGGCCCUGGGUGCAAAGCUGCCCCCAAAGCACUUCCUCCUCCAGUCGAAGACGACGGAGUUUGUGCAGGGCAGGCGAGUGGCGCUCGACAAAUACCUGCAGUGUGUUCUCAGCUCUGGAGUGCUAGCCUUCCACCCUGAGGUUCUCAACUUCCUGUGCAAGGAGCACUCUGGGACAUACCGGCCGGAUGCCGAUGUUAGUCUGUUGAAGACGGUGGCGAGCAAUGCUGACAAUGUGAAGCACAGCUUGAAGACAGCAGUGGGGGAUGUGCUCGUGGAAGGGAAGGCCCGUUUGUCUGGAAUGACGAAAUCACCAGUCAAACGCAGGGGUACCUCUGGGCCAACGAGGGGCAGCAUUCCUGAGGCCUCCCCCAAUGAGAUGCUCCCCCAGCACUGGAGCACAGGCCAUCUGCAGGACCACCCUCACGUCCAUUUCAAGCAGCAGGACUUCCGGCUCUCCAACACAGGCCAGCACAGCGAUGCUCUGUCUCCCAGGGCGUUUUCUGACGGCUCAGGACCCCUUUUUUCGAUAGGCGCUGCCAGUGGGACACCAAUUCGGGAUGUGGGCACCCCUGGGGAGGUGGGACAAGUGCUGAAUCUGCACCUGUCGUCGAGCGUGCCGGCCAGAAGGGAAGAACAGCGGGAGGCAAAGGGAGUGUACCUCAGAGCGUCGAGUGCUUCGACGGAGGGGUGUUUGUCAGGUGCCUGUCUCUGGAUUUCAUUUGUCUGA